ACCCAACCUCCAUCUGAACCGCAACCAUGACCACCAUCGCCCUCGACGAGCUCACCUUCAAGGUCAAGACUACACCCUCGCUGAGCAAAUCCCCGGGCUUCAGUGCCAUCCUCAUCAAGGCUGAGCACCCGGAGCACGGGUGUGUAGGCAGAUUGGAGGGGCACCAGAUCCUCCGCGACGACCGUCAGGACUGCUUCGUCGAAUACAUGUACCAGGAGACGGACGAGCUGGCGGAGCUCGCGAAUGGCGUCUUCGACCCAUACAUGGACGUGAGCCGGAGGAUCGUGAACAGGGGCAAUCGCUGCUGGGGCGAGGAGAUGGAUGAGGGAGCUAUUGUGUGUGUUCAUACGCUGGAGGUGCCGGAAGAGUUCGGCAACCAAGGCAUCGCGACGCGACUUUUGAGCGAGCUAAUGGCCUCGGCUCUCGUCGCCGAGGAUACGAUAGUGUACGCUUGGCCUACGGCAGCGCACGUGCAGGCCGCUCACCAAGUUGUCAAUCUAUUCCGCAACAACGGAUUUCGUCGCGUCGGUCGUACGGUGUGGUUCGGGUACUCGCCUGACCCGGAUCACCCAUCGCGCUCGCUCCCUGCGGCCGAAGAUGUCGAUAUCUGAAACCGUCGGGAGAGAGCGCGCUGUUACAAGCAGUCGCGCAUCGACGACGUCGGGCUCGUAGCAUCCGCGAGAAAACAAUUGUGCAUAUCUCUUUUCUGACAUUGCAUCGUUCGGGCAGUCGCCGAGAUUCUGGAACAGAUAAUCACAUAUAAACCGCAUAUCUACGAAUUAUUGGAAUGUAAGCUGGCGUUCGAUGUCUGGGGCG